AUAAGAAUAAUACGAAGAAGAAGAACGCGAACGCAUUGUAUUUGUUUUGGCUAAUAACCGCCAAUAACUAGAAAUCAACUUGAGGCCUUCUUGUGGCGUGUUUUUUCUUUUCUUCCCACUGACGGACAGAUUUUGCUUCUUAAUUUAGCUUGUUCGCUUCAUUUUAUAAUAUUGCUAUACUUGUAUAUUACCAUGCCGUAUGCUAACCAGCCAAUAGUUAAAAUCACAGAACUAACGGAUGAAAAUGUUAAAUUUGUAAUUGAGAACACGGACCUGUCGGUUGCGAAUUCCAUCAGACGUGUGUUUAUGUCAGAGGUUGCAACAAUUGCUAUUGAUUGGAUUCAGAUUGAUGCAAAUUCUUCUGUGAUCCAUGAUGAGUUCAUUGCCCACAGAGUGGGUCUUAUCCCCCUAACCAGUGAUGACGUUGUGGACAAGAUGCAAUACUCAAGGGAUUGUACCUGUGACGAUUUCUGUCCAGAAUGUUCUGUUGAACUGACGUUAGACGUCCGCUGCACAGAGGACCAGACCCGCCACGUAACCUCACGAGACUUGCUGUCCAACCACCCUCGAGUAAUUCCUGUAACCUCCAAGAGUCGAGACAAUGAUCCCAAUGACUAUGUUGAACAAGAUGACAUUUUGCUGGUGAAGCUUAGGAAGGGUCAGGAGCUCCGUCUCAGGGCUUAUGCCAAGAAGGGCUUUGGCAAGGAGCAUGCCAAGUGGAACCCUACCGCCGGUGUGUCCUUUGAAUACGACCCAGACAAUGCACUCCGGCAUACCGUGUAUCCACGACCUGAGGAAUGGCCAAAGAGUGAAUACUCAGAGAUUGAGGAAGAUGAAGUACAAGCCCCGUUUGACCCCAAUGGCAAACCUGAAAGGUUCUAUUACAAUGUGGAGACUUGUGGCUCCCUGCGACCUGAGACCAUCGUCAUGUCUGCUCUGGCUGUGCUGAAAAAGAAACUGAGUGACUUACAGACCCAACUGAGCCACGAGAUCCAGACUGAUGUCCUUACAAUCAACUGAGACCUCCACGUUGAGCCAGUCAUGCACCACUUCAGUGAAGCAGCCCCUGUUGCAAAUCAUGGACAUUUUUGAUGGCAACACAAUUUGGAUGUAGGCAGACAGUUGAUCCAACCAAUACUGGAAUCAUUGUUUGUUUUAACAUUUCAUUUUUAUUCUCUGCUAUAUUCAUUUGAAUUUCUCUGCUUGGUAGAAGUUGGAUUUGUUAAAGGAUUUGUUUGAUGUCUGUUGAAAAUGAAAAUGUGAUUUUUGCAAUUAAAUAAUAAUGUCCCUAU